UCGGAUUUUCGUUCGUGUAGAAAAUAUGCGACGAGCGAGAGCAGCAUUUUUCCGCGUUCUUCUUUGUUCGUUCGUAUUCGUUCACGGAAUUUGUCGUCUCAAAUUUCGGAUCAUUUUUUAUGACAGCUGGAAAUAACGGCGCCAUCGCAGACGACGACGUUAUAACUAAAGUUAAUUUAAUUAUUGUGGUUUUAUAUUUAUUUUUGACGACAACCUGACUAAUCAGAGUAAAUUUACCAACAGCCUAUGCCAUGUCAUCCCCACCCCCACCGAAAAAGCGCCGGUUUAAUAUCUGCGAGAAACUUUUUGAGCAGUAUGAAGCUGGAGAGAACGUAGAUACCACUAUCAUUGUGCAAGACUGGAAGUUUUACGUUCACAGAAUUGUGCUUAUCGGAGUGUCACACCAGUUCCGUCUUACCUUAACUCAGCAGAAAAGCAACGGUGUGGUGAAAGGCAUGAUUGUAUUUCCUUCAAAGACCUCGAUCGACGUGGCAAAGGCGUUUAUAAAGGUCAUGUACAUGCAGGAGAUGGAUCUGGAUACAUGCGUUGAUUUCAAUCAGCUUUUGGAGGUGCUGUACCUCUGUGAUAGGUAUCUUGUUCCCGAGCUUCUAGAGGAAUGUGUCUCCUUUGUGAGUGACCAAAUAAAUCUGGAAAAUUGUGUUCAAGUUUGUGAGGCGAGUUUCAACCUGGUGAGAUCUAAGGAUACGUUGCUAGAAGCUGGACUUGUCUGCUUAACUAGAAAUAUUGCAACCAUUUUAGAUCGUCACGGGGCAUCUAUGAGUCAUAAAUUGUGGGACAUGAUGCUGCGCAUUGAAGGACCGGAUGUCGACGAAGCUUUCAGUGAACCCAGAUUGUUUGAGUAUCUUCUGAAAUGGCGGCAGUCUGACUCGUCACGAGAAGAAGAGUUUCAAAAGCUGUUGUCCCUAAUUCGGUUCCCGCUAAUGACCUUGCAAACAAUUGCCAGGAUUGUGGAACCAUCCGGCGUAUUAUCUGAUACAGACUUGACUGAUAUUUACACUUAUAUUAUUGGCGGUGGUGAAAAUGGGAAACGGACUCCGAGAUUUGUCACUCAUUCAAGAAAAGUUAAAUUUGUCAAGAAUUCUGAACAACUUGAAGAAAUUUUAUCUUUCGCCAAACCCAACGAUUUUAUCAAACUCAAUCCUGGAGAGUACACAACGGAGACGGGAAUUAACAUACCGGAGAAAGUCGUUCUGUCCGGGGCAGCCGAUGGUACUUCUAUUCUCAAGAGGGUUUAUUCCGAUAAAUCUGGUCCAGCUGUCUUGAUCGAGUCGAAUGACGUUUACAUAUCAAACCUUCAAAUUCUCUGUACUGCUAUGAAUCCAUUCAAAGAGACAACCGAAGCUGAAGGAUUGACUCUGCUCGGGUCACGGAAUACAAUAAAAAAUAUUUCAUUCAAAAAAUGUCAGCUGCAUCUGAUCGGUAAAGGUCGAAAUAACAAAAUCCGCGAAGUGACAUGUGAGAAAGGAGAAAUUGGAAUCCAGAUAUCCGGCGAAGGGCAGGCUGAACCGUCUCAGAAUUCCUUAUCCGGCUUAAAACUGAAAUCCCUUGACAUUGGGGUCCUUAUAAAUGACACCGUCACUGGAACCAGGGUAGAUGAUAUUCACUGCACAAAUGUUAAGACGGGAAUCGUGCUAAAAUCAAAUCACAACAUCGUUUCUGGCGUGAUGUACGUCUUUUCCAAUGUGGCCGAUGAGAAAGAUCAAAUUUGUGUCGAAAUUUCUCAAGGAAAUUACAAUACGGUGAAUAAUAUCAUGUGCGAACCGAAGGUUAAUGUUAAAAACACAUUUUCCGUCAAGAUUCUUACAACAGAGGGGUCGCAAACAACGAAAAAUGUGGUCAGCGGCUGUGUGGGUGGUGCGGUCUAUUUGGGGGGCGAAUACAAUACUUUGCAUAAUGUGGAUGCCAGUGACGCAAUGAUAAUUCGUGGAGAAGGCCAUGAGCUAGAGAAUUGUACGGCUAAACAGUGCUUAAAGAUUAAUUGUAGUGAAGUUGGGUUGAUUGGGUGCAAAUUUUCAAACAUGACUUAAAAUGCUAUUUAUUUUUAUUUUAUUGACUUGAUUUUUAUUUUGAUACGAAUCUAUAUGUAAAUUAUGACAGUCUUUCUUUUAUUUUUCCGACUAUAAUUAUGCUCACUGGUAUACUAUAUAGUAGUGAAAAAUUACUAAAGUACAAUGACUAGAAGACGCUAUGUAAAAUAUUUCUUAUUGACAACAAUUUGUUAACAAAAUUACGAAAUAAGUGUAAAUUCUUUGCAAUGUUUUGUAUGUUGCGCUUAAUGAUAACCUUAAAAUGUAAAGCACGAUGCAAGUGCCUAAAGCAAUUGCCUAAAACAAUUAAAACUGCUCUUUUAGAGCAGUUUUAAGCACUUCGACUGGUACAUAUAAUCACACAGCUUAAAAUUCGUCUGUGAGCUUUAAUUGAUUACGAAAUUAUUUGUAAUUUUUGCACAAUAAAUUAUUUAACACCGGGAUUACCUUCA